CAGUGGUCAAGAGUUACUAUGUUUAUCAGAAAAUGGAGAAGAUUUUUUUGGACUGUCACAUCCAACAGUCAUGAGUCUUAUCCAAAACAGUGCCUUUGCUGCUAAAGGUCCUUCGUACCAGUGGCCAAGCAGUAAAUUCACAGUUCACCAUUCAGUAGUUCGAGAGUUGGACCCUACCUUAACAUUUGGUGCUCUACAGCAACUGUUUAUGAAUCAGUACAGUACAGAGGUUGGAAAUGCACCCUUGACUCAAGCAGUUCCAUUGGCAUCCAUGGAUAUUAACGUAACAUCAGCUAUUCCAGCAGCAAGUCCUAGUUUACAAGCACUGUUGUUAGGUGGAAGUCACAAGUCUAAUAUCUCAAUAACUCCUACCAAAGAAAAGUGAAACUUUUAUGUAGAAUUAAUUACAGAUAUGUAGUUAUUUUUGUGUGCAAAUAUUUAGUAUUUAUUUUUCAGAACAGGUUUGAAGAGAGAUGUAAUUUAAAGCAGCCAAGUUUCAAGCAAUAUUAAAAUACAUGUAUUUAAGUGAUGAAUUUAGUGUAACUUGAAAACAUAAUAGUUGAUAUGGGAAUACGAAGGGUGUGUUGUGUAUCAGGUUAAAAUUUUAAGAAGAAUACAGAGUAAAAUGAACACUAUGACUUUCUUCAUAAUUUUGUGAUAUACAAACAUGUGAACUUGACUGUAGCAAUCUUGAUUGUCUGUACUUAGAUUUUGGUAAGAAGUUAGAAUAAUGGUAUUCUGAAGGAUGGAAUUAUUUCUAGAAGAUACAUAUAACGUAUUGAAUAACAAGUCCAAAGAAACUUUAUUAUGCUAAGCCAGACUUGCUGCUUGAAGCUAUUGUGAAGUAUAUUUUGCUUUUGAUCCAUUUUUAAAAUAAUGCAUGAUUGAAAGCUUUUCUAGUUUUUAAAACUUACCGUCAUUUAUUGAAUGUUUUCUUUUGUUUCUUAAACUUCAAAUUCAAACUCUUUCUAUUUGUUAUUUUUAAAUGGUAGUCUGCACUUGCAUACACAAAAAUUUGUAAUCAGAAAUAGCAAAAAUUAUAAAUUACAAAAAAUAUAUAUAUGUUUAUUGGAAAUAUUGAACUGUUUUUUGUUUAAUUAAAAGUACUAUUUUAUUGAUAAUAAAACUCCUUCUAGUUGAAUAACUUUCUCUUCAUUCCAUUCUCAUAUUUAAUUUGUGAUCUUUUACCUGUAAUUGGAUUAUAUAAGUCUUUCUUACCACUUGUAGAAAUAUUUCAAGUAAUUGACCAAGAACAUUUUAAUACAAUUAUUUUAUUGUAAAUCUGUUCUUAAAAUAAGUUAAUGUAAAUGGUUUUCUUUCUCAGUAACUUUCUUGAAUACUUCAUGAUUAUAUUUGUAUUAUGCAUGUUUUAAAAAGAGAAUAAUAAUAAAUUUUCUAUACAAUUAGUGCCAUUUAUUAUUUUUAUAAGUUGCAUAUAUAGAUGGAGACCAACCAUGCAAGUUUCAGUUUUUCAAUAGAUGGCACCACAUUUUGAAAAUUACUAUUUUCUGUGAUUUACAUUUGAUAUAUAUAUAUGGACAGAUACAAUUUUACAAACAGAGCUUAAAUAAAAAUCCUUUUACUAGUAA